AUGUCUACUAAUGGCACAAAUUCUUCUCAUGUGAUGCCAUUUACUAAUGACACAAAUUCUUCUGCUGUGAUGACAGCUAGUAAUGACAUAAAUUCUUUUUCAAAUAUUGCUUUAGCAUUUUUAAUGAGCUUACUAGCUUUUGCUAUAAUGCUAGGAAAUGCUGUGGUCAUUUUAGCUUUUGUGGUGGACAAAAAUCUUAGACAUCGAAGUAAUUACUUUUUUCUUAACUUGGCCAUUUCGGACUUCUUUGUUGGUGUGAUCUCCAUUCCUUUGUUCAUCCCUCACAAGCUCUUCAACUGGCAGUUUGAAAAUAAGAUUUGUGUCUUUUGGCUCACUACUGACUACCUUUUGUGUACAGCAUCUGUGUAUAACAUUGUACUCAUCAGCUUUGAUCGAUACCAGUCAGUCUCGAAUGCUGUAUCUUACAGAGCUCAACAUACUGGGACCUUGAAGACUGUGGCUCUGAUGGUGGCCGUUUGGGUGGUGGCCUUCUUAGUGCAUGGGCCAAUACUAGUUUCAGAGGUUAGGAAGGAAUUGCAGGGAGAUUGCGAACCUAAAUUCCUUACACAAUCACAUAUCCUUGCCCUCACGUUAAUCUUCGAAUUCCUGAUCCCAGUCUUACUAGUGGCUUAUUUCAACAUGUAUAUUUACUGGAGCCUAUGGAAGCGCGGUCAUCUCAGUAGGGGGCAUUCUGGAUUCAUUUCUGUCCCUUCCAGUAGCAGCGGACGCUCAUUCAGGAACGGACUGUUUUCGAGGCCAUCUCUUUCCAACCUGGAACAAUCAGCAGCAUCCCUUCAUUCUGAGAAAUCAGGAAGAAAGAGCAGCCUCUUAUCUUCCGUAAGAGCCCAGAUGAAUAGUUUAACUGCUUCCAAAACGAGCUCUCUCUCCCAUUCAGAUUCCCUAACUCUUCACCAAAGGGAACACCUUGAGCUGCGCAGAGGCAAGAAACUAGCCAAGUCACUGGCCAUUCUCUUGGGUGUUUUUGCUAUUUGCUGGGCUCCCUACUCUCUGUUCACAAUUAUUCGUUCAUGUCAUGGCACACACUCAGAUCUCGAAAACGCUGUGUACGACUUCACAUUUUGGCUUCAGUGGUUCAAUUCCUUUGUCAAUCCUUUUUUGUAUCCCCUAUGUCACAAGCGUUUUCAGAAGGCCUUUUUGAAAUUAUUUCGUGUGAAAAAGCAGUCCAUACCAUCACACAAUCGGUCAACAUCUUCUUAA